CUGCCAUCAUUUAUAGAAAUCAUGGUAAUCAAUAGUAAACAUAUUUCUUUCACAUUUUCUUCUACUCCUUCAUAUCUUGCAAACAGAUAUGGACAAAACAUAUUAGCGAAGCAAUUGAUCUCAUCAACGAGCUGCAUUAUAUGUCAGACGAGGACAUCGAUAAUUCAGCGAUUACCUGGUAUUAUGCUCUUUCCUUAGAAUUAUUCUUAGAAGCUGGAAUAUUUUUGGAAUCUUACGAAUCCUGUCUCCAACAUGCCAAAACACUCACUGCUUGCAAUACGAAAGGUUGUGUUUCUCGCGAUCCAGUCUGUCUUACUCGACUUUUAAGUGGUUUAUGGAUUUGGCAAUUGCGAAUGGGAUACAGAAUUGACGAAAGUUAUGAACUAACCGUGGAUAGUUAUACGAAAGAAGUUAAACAUGAUGAUUUUUCUACAAUUGUCACUUGCUGCCAAGGCUUAGAAUGCUUUCUCCUAGUACUAAUUCGUUGUAUAAAUUUAAAGAAAGCGAAUCAACUUAUCGAACUUUUCGACGGGAUUCAUCAAAUCACAAAAACUCUCAAUCGAGUUUCGAAACGUGCUCCAUUCAUAAAACCGUUUCUCUAUUUUUUUAAAUCUCAUAUAAAUAUAAUUUAUGGUAAAAAAUCACAGAGAAAUAUUUACUUGAAUAAGGCGGAAAAAUGGUCUCGUUUGCAAGAUAACAAGAUUGUUAUCGCAUGGAUCAUACAAAAUAAACGGGCUAUGACGGUCUGUAAUCUCAAGGAAUAUUGGAUUGAAAAUAUCGCAUAUAUGAAUAAUGUUCACUGGCAGGAUAUUGAGAAAUAUGACUUAGAUACUUGGGCUUCCAUACUCUAUCCUUUACCGAUCCCAAAUACAUGUUUGUAAUAAAAACAUAUGACAUAUAACUGUCAUCCUGCUUGA